UAUAUUCUCUUUAGAGCCAGCGGACACUAAAAAUUAUCUGCGUCAGCUUCAAAUUGAUUGCCAAUCGUUGAAUAAUUAUUGCAGUAACAUUCAAAAGUAAAAUUGUUCGACUUGAAUUGCUGACAUUGACAGAUAGAGUCUAUCACAGGAAUAGGGUUGGCGGAAUUAAUUUUUUAAAAAAGAUAUUAAGUCCUGAAAAUUGAGGGUUUGGUUUUCGUGUGUAUCACUUUGUUUUGGUUAAUUGCCGUUAAACCACACCUUUGGGGAGAGACAGCUCUCAGAGCAGGUCCGACUCGUUCGGCCACAAUCGACAAGAGGAAUUAUCAAAAGAUCCUGAGCGAGCCGCACUGACGCAGAAGGGAUUAGUUCGAGGAGCAGCGAGGUGAAAGAGAUGAAACCACUUGUCCAAUUUGUGCUGCUGUGCGUCUUGUGCGGUACUGGCAAUGGAGUUCCAGAAAGAGUCACUUAUGUCCCUGAAAUUUUGCGAAGCAGGGUAGCUGGGAAAAUCACUCAAACAACAGUUGCUCUUCAACAGCCACACUGUGUGUUUGAUUCCACCGAACAGCAGUGUAUGGCCUGUGAUGUCUGGUUGGUUGUUGCUAAUUCAACAGGAGUUUCAAAGUUUGAGAAUGAUAAAAAUAGAUUUCUGGAUCCUUCGAUGUUUACCUACAGAGAUGCUUUCAGUGGAUCAAAUGGUUUUUACUUCACUCUCAAAACAAAAAGAAGUAAUUAUCCUUGUCCUCCUGCCACUGGUCAAAUCUUAACUUUGCGAGUUGGCUCAGAAGUGCCCUGUACAACUUCGAAUUGCAAUGCUCCACUACCUGCUGGUGGGACGUUCAGAAUGAAGUAUGUUUUGGUUAAUCCUGAUCUAGCUUCCCCCACUGCAAAUAUUAUUGGGGAAACAAACUUUACAGAAGAUAUCAAGCUACUGAGUGCUAAGGAUCCCAAUAGCAUUGACAACUUUUCUGUACGUCGCACCGGGGGGAUGGUUGUCAUAACGACAAUACUUUCCAUUCUGCUCUUCCUGCUGUUGGCAAUGUUUGCGGCCAUUCUAGCCUUGGUUUGUUGCAAAAAAUCUGUCCAGUCUGACUUCCCUGCACCUCUAGCUACAUCUGGCUCUCUCCGAAAAUACCACACUCACAGCUUGCAUAACAAAUCAAACAUCAUCCCUCCAAAGGGCAAGAUGUAAGGCAGUCUUUGUGGAGCAACCGUAGACUGGUCAAGAAUCCAGCAGCCUCCUCCCUCCCUGAGAACCUCAACUACCUACUUUCACAUUUACAGUGGAACAUUUGUGUAUCUAUUAGUGUUUGGAAUGAUGAAUUGUCCUUAUGCUGAUGAUCCAGACAUUCAGUUUGGAAUCCUUCUAGGGUUAACUUCUCACCCUUUUCUAUGGUGCUUGUGUUCUAGCUUUCUCAACAUCAGUGCAAUAUGUCAGAAAACCUUCAUUUGCAGCAGAGGAGUUUUAAGCCUCUCUCCCUUCUCUCCUUCCCCACUCCAGCACCCACUGCCUUUUGGCUUCAGGCACCAUUUUAGCUCUUACACCAAGGGGAAUCCAAGGUCAUGACUGCAGGGUUGCUCCUUCCUCCCACUGCUUUAGAUUCCAAAUGUACCCGAGAGUAUGUGAGAAGAAUUUGGCUUGUUUCCUCGUUCUUUCCUUUUCGUGCUCUUGACUGGACUAAGGUUUUGCAUUGCACCAAGUAAAUGUGGGGGGGGGGGGUGGUUUGUUCUACUGGAUGCCAAAGCUGCUGCCCAAUUCUUGCCCUUUUCUGUAUAUGAGAUGCUGCCUUCCCUUAGCAGUUGGGCAGGGAAAUGAGUCCAUAAGUUGCUCGCUGAUUUCAGAGCAAGACUUCCACUUCCUCCAGUGUCUGGAGCCCAGAUGAGGUGCCUUUUCUGUUUGGGUCAUUGUGCCCAGGCAAGGGCUUGAUCUAGUUGGCUUUCCCUUGAUACCUUAUGGAUUAAGAAAACACUCACUACUCCAUGGAUACAGCAUUUACUCCUCAUUGCUGUCCCAUUCUCUUAGCUUUACUUAUUUUGUGUUUUUUGUUUUUGCUUUAUUUCUUCCACUUGAAAUAUUUUCUGAACAUUUAAGUGUCUUUUAGAUUUUUUUUAACCAGUAUGCUGCUAAGUCAAAUGUUAAUCUCAAUUUACUAUUUCUGGCGCAGAGCUGCGUGUGACUGGAGUGCAUGUUAUGGGUUUGGGCUGGAAAAGCUAGCGGGCUGCACCUAGUGACCACGCCAUGUUUCUAUCAUGUACAGCUCUGAGCUGGGAAAAACUAAGCUUGUAGUAUUGACUGUUGAUCUAAAUUCAGAUGAAAUAGUUCCAAUACCAUAGAUCAAGCCAAACUUGGAGAGUUUGGAACGUAUAUGACUUUACAUCUAAGUCAAGGAUGAAUAAACAAGAAUCUAAAAUCAAA